AUGUCCUGGAACUCUGACCUCACCCCUCAGCCUGCUGAAAAUAAGGCCCAUCCCUCAAAACAGAAUGGGCUUCCCACUGCAGGUUGGGACGUUCUUCCAGUCACUGGAAGCCCCUGGCAGUGGAAUGGGGAUUAUUCGGCCCUACGUACUGAACGUGAGCCUCCAUUGCCAACUGAUUGCCCCGAUGAGUGCACGUGUCCACCUAUCUUUCCCAGGGCCAUGUAUUGUGACAGCCGUAGGUUAAAAUCUAUCCCCCAGGUGCCAGCCCGGAUGAAGUAUGUUUACCUGCAGAACAACCAGAUUGAUGCUGUUCCAGAUGGGGUGUUUGACAAUGCCACCGACCUCGUCUGGGUUGUCCUCCAGUGGAAUAAAAUCUCCAGUGAUAAGAUAGGCACAAAUGUAUUCUCCAAGCUGACAAACCUGGAGAGGGUAUACUUAGGCCAUAACAACCUGACCGGGAUUCCGUUUCCUUUGCCAAACUCACUGAGGGAACUGAGGGUUGCAGGAAAUAAGAUUUCAAAGGUUCAGCCCAAUGCAUUGGAAGGGUUGGACAACUUAACGAUGCUACUGCUGAACGACAAUCAGCUGGAAGAUAUUGGAGGGUCUCUCAAAGUUUUAAAGUCUUUAUCUUAUUUGGACCUCAGCAACAACCAUUUAAAAAAACUCCCUGAAGUACUUCCAGACUCACUCCACCAGCUAUACCUGGAUUUCAACCAGAUCAGCGUAAUUCCUAAUGAGUACUUCAGGCAAUUUCCUAGACUUCAGUAUGCAAGGAUGUCAAAUAAUGAACUGACAGAUAAUGGGAUACCUUUAAACACAUUUAAUGUGUCCAGUUUAAUUGAACUGGAUCUCUCUCAUAACAAACUGCAGAAGAUUCCUCCUGUCAAUGAGAACUUAGAAAACCUGUAUCUUCAUGCCAACAAGAUCAAAGAGUUUACUGUGGACAGCUUCUGUAGAACCAUGGGAUUUAUGAGCUUUUCCAAGAUUCAAGUGCUUCGACUGGAUGGCAACAGCAUCGAACAAGAUAAGAUACCACAAGAAAUGCAUCAAUGUCUUCGCCAAGCAAGAAUAAUAAACAUUUAA